GAGUAUUGAGAGAUAUUGGGGAACCAAUUGGGAAUGGUAAAGAGAGAAGAAAGAAAGGAAAACCGUUGGUUGAAUAAUAAGAACAUAGAAGAAGUCUCCAAAUCGAAGCUGCCCCAUCGCUUCUUCUUGCCUCCUUUCUUUCAACUAACCACUUCUCUGCAUAACAACAAAAACCCAAAUCCCAAAUUCUCUUCUUUCUUCUCUUUCCUUUCUCCAAUUCAAGAAUUCGAAUUUCCCCUUCAAAAUUGCGAACAAUCUCAACUCCCCCAGCCCGAUCCAGUCGAGGAAUGGAUGAUGCGACGGCUUCAUCAGGGUCGUUGAUCAAUGGACCUCCUUCCCGAUCACCCUCUUCCUUUUCUUCCACCAUUUUUACUAAUUACCCUCUCAUUUCUUCUCUCCUCGCCUUCGCUAUUGCCCAGUCCAUCAAGUUCUUCACCUCCUGGUAUAAGGAAAGACGAUGGGAUUUUAAGAAACUAGUUGGAUCUGGUGGAAUGCCUUCAUCUCAUUCCUCCGCUGUUUCUGCUCUUGCUAUAGCCAUUGGGCUCCAAGAAGGAUUUGGAGCAUCAGUCUUUGCUGUUGCAUUGAUCUUAGCAUGUGUUGUAAUGUAUGAUGCAACUGGUGUGAGAUUACAAGCUGGACGCCAAGCAGAGGUUUUAAAUCAAAUUGUUUAUGAGCUUCCUGCUGAACAUCCUUUGGCUGAGAGCAGACCAUUGCGAGAACUUCUUGGCCACACCCCUCCCCAGGUUUCCAUUAAGAUGACAUUCUACAGUUAUAGCUGGAGGUUUGCUUGGUAUUAUCACCUCUUCUAUUGGCCAGUUGAUGAUCAUAUUGACAAGGUCUUGAACAUUGUGCUGAAGUAGAUCAAGCAGGUAACGCAGUUGUUAGCCCUGAUCUUGUCAUUGAUGAAGGCUACUUGGUGAAAACUUCACUAUCAAAUUAUUCUUGUGAAUAUGGUCUGCACAUAACCUUUGAUUAAUGAGAUAUUUCAGAACCCUUGUUUGAUUGAUUGCUGUAUUUAGUGCAAUAGGACCACCAAGCUGCAGCUAACACUUGCAGUAAAUCAGAAAACAAACAUAUAGCUCUUGGCACCUACGUUUUUAGAUAGCUCUAAUAGCACUUGCUACAAGUCCAUUUUGGUUCAUGUAGUUUCCCUAUUUCGUGGUUACUAUUCUUAACUAAUUCUGGAUAAAAGGGUGAAGAAAAAUUCAUUUCUGUGCCCGUCAUUCAUUACUCCCUUCUCAA